AUGUCCGUUACAAAAUUAUUAAAUUUACAAGGAAUUCGUGGAAUUGCAAUUAUAGCAGUUCUGGGAUUUCAUUUCUUUCCAAAUUAUUUUCCAAAUGGAUAUUUGGGAGUUGAUCAGUAAGUUUAUUUUUUUUUAAAAAUGAUAAUUUGAGAAAUUUGAGAAAUAAUUUCAGGUUCUUUGUGUUAUCUGGAUUUUUGAUGUGUAUGUUAUUGACAAAAACUGAAAAAUUACCAAAAUUUGAAAUGAUAUCAAAUUUUUAUAUUCGUAGAUUUAAAAGAAUCUUACCAUUAUAUCAAUUAAUAAUAUUUAUUUCAUUAAUUGCAUUAUAUUUAAUAUUUCCUGAUACAACAAUUGAAAUUAAUAUAAAUUCAGCAAAAAGAGCAAUAAUAUUUAUAUCAAAUCAAUUGAAAACAUUAGAAGAUGAUUAUUUUGAAAAAUUAAAUAUGGCAAUUGAUAUAUUUACACAUACUUGGUCACUUUCUGUUGAAAUUCAAUUUUAUUUAAUUGUUCCAUUUUUAUUUUUAUUACCAUUUCGAAUAAUAUCAUUAACAAUUAUAUCAAUUAUAAGUUUAUUUUAUUUUUAUAUUUUACCAUCUGAUAUUGCUUUUCCCAAUGUUUUUGCAAGAAUUUGGCAAUUUUUAAUUGGUAUGAUGGCUUUUAUUAUUCAUCAAAAUAUAUCAACUGAAUAUCGAUCAGUAAAAAAUUCGGAUGAGUGUGAAAAACAACAAAUGAUUGCUAAAACUGAAAACGGACAAUUCAAAAAUGGAAUGACUAUUAAUGAUAUUAUUAUCAGAAAUAUGACUAUCACAAUGAUACUAGUUAUAUUAUUUCCGAAAAUCAUUUUGGCUACUGUUGGGAGGUGAACCUCUUGAAGUUUUUCAAAAGUCAUAUAUAAUUUCCAGACCAUUAAUUACAUUAAUUACGGGUAUAAUUUUAAUAUUUUCAAAAGGAGAUGAUAUAUUAUUAUCAAAUAAAAUAUUAACAUAUAUUGGUGAUAUUUCAUAUUCAUUAUAUUUAAUACAUUGGCCAAUAUCUUCAUAUUGUAAAAUAACUGGAAUGCCACAUCAUAAUUGUAUUACUGUAUUUUUAUUUGUUUCUCUUAUUCUUUCAAUUUUAAUUUAUCAUAGUUUUGAGAAAUGGUAUACAAAACAAUCAAACAUGAUCAUAUUUUUCAUAACUAUUUCCUUGUUUUCGGCCAAUCUGAUAAUAUUAAAUGAGCAAUUAUUUACGUCAAAACAAUUGGAAUAUGGAUUGCCAAACAAUUUGAAUGAAUUGAUGGGUAAUAGAACUUUGGACGAUGCAAAAAGAUUGAAUCAUCAAUGGGACCUGGAUGAUUUGAAAAAUUUACAAUUCAAAUGUGGAGGAAGUACUGGAGGAUGGUGUUUACUGGAUGGAUUGAACCAGAAUAAUACAUUGAGAAUUAUAUCCUUCGGAAAUAGUUGGUCAGUAAAUCAUGCAAAGUUAAUGUAUGAAGAAUGUGGAUCAAAGGCAAAAGAAUUUCUACGAGGAUCAACUGGUGGUAAGUGAAUUUUUCAUUGGAGAAAGGUCUCAAAUUCUGUUUUCCAGGAUGUGAACCAUUAUAUCCUUUCGAAAUCUACAAAAAUUGUCCGGAAUUUCUGGCAACAGUUGAUAAAAAAGUUGAAGAAUUCAAACCAGAUUAUGCAUUUCAUGUAACUCGAGCAAUUUCAUUUGCUGACAAUUAUACAGAUGAUUUUGAAAAUGAUCCAAUUUACAAAACAAUGUUAAAUCGAACACGACAACUAGUGAAAAAUAUAAAACACAAACUAUUCUUUUUGAAUGCAAUUCCAUCCGUUAAUAGUCAAGAAGUUGAUAAAAUAGCAGACGAAUUAAAAAAUAAUAUGUCAAUGAUUGAAAUUGAUGUAAGUUCAGAAGAAAUUAUCACAAAUUGAUAUAAAUAAUUGUUUCAGAAAAAGGUAUUAGUGAAUAAUAAAAGACAUUUGUCGUCAAGAAAACGAUAUGCUCAAUUAGUAAAAGAUUGUGGAUCGAAGUGUGAACUCAUUGAUUAUCAUCAAUUAUUUUAUCGGCAUGACACAAAAAUGUAUCGAUAUUAUGAUAAUAAUGGUUUUGCAUAUAUGUCUGGUGGAAAUCAUCUAACUCCGUAUGGUUGGGAAUUUGUUAGACCGAUUUGGAGAGAUGUUUGUAGUAAACUUCAAUAA